AUGGGCUGUGGGAACAGUAAGGUGCUGCCUGAGACAUCCAAGAAGGGCUAUGUAAGUGUGGUGCAAUCAAUUGUGGCCUUCAGCAAAGCACGUCGUGAGGAUGAUGAUAAGCCAAAGAAGCAAAGAGGCCCACGGUUUUCCGCCGGUGGCAAGAAUCGUCAGCCGCCGCCAAACAGCCAACAGCUGAUACUCAGAGAUGGACGACAACAGGACAAAGUUGCCAAGUAUAAGGACAGAUUUGAUCCACGUGUGACAGCAAGGUACGACAUCAAGGCUCUGAUCGGUCGCGGAAGCUUCAGCCGCGUUGUCCGUGUGGAGCACAGGGCGACUCGCCAGCCCUUCGCCAUAAAAAUGACGGAGGUAAAGGACCCAGAGGGCCGUGAGGUGUGCGCAUCAGAGUUGGCGGUGCUGCAGCGGGUGAGCCACGCCAAUGUGAUUCAGCUGAUCGAGGUGUUUCAGUUUCCACGGCGGGUUUACAUGGUGCUGGAACUGGCGACAGGUGGGGAGUUGUUGGACCGCGUUAUCAGCAGGGGCCACUUCACAGAGCGGGACGCCACCCAGGCCCUCCGGAUGGUGCUGGCUGGGGUGGGAUACCUGCACAAUCUGGGUAUCACCCACAGAGAUUUGAAGCCUGAAAAUCUUCUGUACUACCACCCCGGGUCUGACUCCAGGCUGCUGGUGACUGACUUUGGAUUGGCCACAUUUGGGGGGACAGGCAUGGGGUCUGAGGUUUCUGACACUGGCAUGAGCGAUGGGGGAGAUCAGACUGGUGCAGAGUGUUCAUGGUCCCUGAGAACCACUUGUGGAACACCAGAGUACAUGGCCCCAGAAGUCUUGCUGAAGAGACCCUAUUCCUGUUCAGUGGACAUGUGGGCCCUGGGGGUGAUCGCCUACAUCGUGCUGAGUGGAUCGAUGCCGUUUGAGGACAGCAGUCGCACACGACUCUACAGAUCCAUUGUGAGAGGAAAAUACCGCUUCCAUGGAGAUCCCUGGCCCUCAGUGUCCAACCUGGCAAAGGACUUUAUCCAGUGCUUGCUGGCAUUGGACCCAGCCAGCCGCCUGACCGCUGACCAAGCCAUCCGUCACUCUUGGGUGGUCACCAUGGCAGCCAGCUCCUCCGUGAGAAACCUCCAUCGAUCUAUUUCCCAGAAUCUCAGGAAGCGGGCGUCACGCAGCUCCUCCCGGUGCCCGAGCAGCACUGCAAGCUCCUGUGAUGCCAACAGCGUGGGCCUGGGAAAGCUAAUGUGGUUGGGGAAAAAAACGGGAGCAGCAUCAGGGCAGAGCAUCUGGACUGAUUCAGCCUCUGAGAGCCGUACAACAACCAGCCAGAGGGCUCUAGGAGUGUCAGUGCCAUCCAACUAA